UUCCUUCUGGUUCUCGUGUCACUUUGACCUCACCCAAGACCCGGAUAACAUGAUUGAAGUGCUGUGGACAGUCAACGGCAACAACACCUGGAAAAAGCUCUUCCUAGACCCUGAUCGAGUAGCCUACCUGGAUGGCUCCUUUCUGAAAGCUCACUUGGGCUCAACUAUCGGAUGCAAAGUGCGGUCCAACUACCGUGGGAGCCAAUAUGCAAGCCCAUGGCUGUCAAGUAACACCUACUGGGUGGGACUGCAGACAGAACCUUCUCGCUUGGAAAUCAGCGAGAAAGAAGAACUUCGCAAUGUCCUUCUCACGUCCACCAUUCCGAUUUUGUGUAGCAGCCCUCGAGACGGAGGGUGUUGUCUCUCCUUGAGGCUGGACGUGGAAGGUUCUCGACAGAAUCUGGUGACGGCUGGUGACUGUGAAUACAAGCUGUGCGCCAGGGAAAACGUGUCUGACUCAGCUUCUGUCAACAUCCCGCUGAUGGCAGUCAGGGAUCUCAUUGAUGAUGGAGAUGUUGAGCUUCUGUUGAGCUUCCAGGUGAUCCAGGCAGAAGAUGGAGACCUGAAUCCGUUAGUGUUUGAGGGCUACAGAGCUCUUACCACCAAUAUCACUGUGCGGGAUGUAGAGAUACCAUCCUGCUCGUGGACAGGAGACUCACACGUUCAUGGCUUCGAGUCGUCCCUGUCUUUUAACCUGUAUAAUGUUGGUGACUACACAAUGUAUGAAAAUCCGAGCAGAGCCUUUGAGAUCCAGGCUCGCACGUGGCCUUGCAAUGGCGGAAAUGUCACGUGCGUAUGUGGAAUCGCCAUCAGAGAACUCAAUGAGAUCAUUCGUAUUGACCAGUGCGAUCAGCCCUACGGAAGUCCUCACACGUCACCACUAGUCACGGUGUACUCGCAACCUCUGAGAGAUGGAACAGUCAUACUGCGAUCUUCAGAUGGGAGUAAAAUCGUUGUGAACCUGCCGUCAGGAACUGGAAUCAGUGUCGACGCUCGAAGGUGGGGGCUGAACGUACACCUGCUGGCCUCACCUGUGGACGAAGGUAAAGGUCGAGGUGUGUGCGGCACCUUUGACGGCGACCCGCUGAACGAGUUCACGCACCGCAACGGCUACGUGGACAGCAGCAGCCUUCUUCCCAUCAACUUCACCGAGUCUUGGAGAAACAACAAAACGCAAAGUCUGUUCAAAUCUCUCCCACCAAAAGUAAUCGAGCCCGAUGCGACCAAAUAUUGUUCUUGCGAUACCGGAAGUGGUGAUGUGACGAGAAGCAACUGCACCAGCAGGCGACAUGUGUCCAGCGCUGCCUUCAAUUGUCCAAACUGCCCCGACAUUACCGACAGACUAACAGUUGUUGCGGGAGGUGCUCUCAAUGCCACUGACCUCGAUGAACAGGAUGCCAGGUUCGAACCCGACAAUUUCACAGACUUUCAGCCUGCAAAUCCAACAUGGCCGACAUCCAGCAACCUGACGGAAGAACAGUCAAGGGUCAAAUGUCAGGAAGGUCUGCGUAGCUCACAGCUGUGGACUCACUGUCAGAGUAUUCAGAAGAUAGUCGACAGCUAUCAGCAAGACUGUGUUGCUGAUAUUUUGUUUGGCGACACCUAUGACCUAGUCGAGUCUGCCACGGCCUCGUUCAGCGAGGAAUGUCAAACAGAGCUCAGCAAGGAUCCGGACAACUACGUCACUUCCUCCACAGGAGAAAUCGUCAUGAAGGCGGAACUUUCCGCCGACCUCUGUGGCGCCACCUGUCUCCGGCAUGGAACCUGCAACAUGGGGGCACUGCGUCUGCAACACUGGCUACACGGGAGACAACUGUCACCUUCUUGAAGGCCAGGGACCGCAACUUUCCAGAAUCCGAAACUCCAACGCUUGUGACGUCAAUGAGCGGCCAUGUCGGAAGGUCUUCAUUGACGUCACUAACAUCGCCCUCACGGACCAACUGAAGUGUAGGGUACAGGAAGUCCUGGUGAGUGCUUGUCAUGACAGCUCCGUGCUUAUGUCAGUGACAUAACAAGUCCACGCUACCAUGAAAUGUAAAUGAUAUGAUUGGCAAACAUUUGGGUCAUGUCAGUGUCAUGACACACACACAAAAACUUUGUCUACAAUGUCCUUCUACAAUUUGGAUUUUUCCAUCCUUUUUGUACUCCAGUUAAUUUGAUUCAACAGUCGAACAUUAAGACAAU